AUGCUGCCGCUUCGAAGCAUGGAACUUGAGGCGACGGAGCCUGCUCUCGGCUACGAGAAGACGUUGACCUACCGCGAGAAGCCCGAGACGCCCGAGGUGCCAAGCCCGAAGCGUGCCAAGCGCGAUCACACCGACGACGAGCACGCAAGCUCGGACCUCAUUGAGGUUCCUCGGCGACGCAAGCGCGAUGUCCUCAAGCAGAUCUCGAUGCGUCUCUUCAUGAGCGCGCAAGGCUACACGACGAGCGCGCUCCACAGCAUCUUUGACCAUCUCAUGGACGAUGUCGACCAGCCGACGAACGAUUCGACCACAGCGCUUACCGCACCGUCAUCCAGCAAGACGAACCGCAAGCACCUCUGGCAGUCCACGACCCGCGAUGACACCUCGUUCCGGCCACGCUCCAACAGCGGCGCCACGGGUGGGAUCAACGUCAGCAUGGACUUCUUCGUCUCGCGCUUCACAGACCCCACGUCGUACUUUUACAAGUACCGGUCGGACGCCGAGACGGAGCCCAAGAAAGCAACUGUCGUCCUCGUGUGCCUCUCAUGGCUCAAGCCGCACGAAGAAAUCGUGAGCUGGGAGCGCGUCGAUGGCCUGAAGAAGGCCACAAUCAAGUGGGACGCCUACACGGAGCCGCUCCUCGUCGAUGUCAAGACCGGCGCAAUCCUCGAUGGGCACCACCGGUACACGGUCGGCCUCCAGCUCCAGCUGAAGCAAGUGCCUGUGGUGCUCGUCGACUACUUGGGGGACGACCAAAUUACUGUCGACGUGUGGCCUGGCUGCGGGCGGAGCUCCCUCACAAAGCAAGAGGUCAUCGACAUGUCGCUCUCGCCCAACGUAUUUCCGCCCAAGACAAGUCGCCACCGAUUUACGGACUCGCUCCCGCCCAUCUCGAUCCCGCUAGAAACGCUCCGCGCCGACCCCACCGAAGGGACCCUCGGCUUUGGCUGCCCGACGGUGGCGCUCCUACCCGAAGAGUCGUCAACCGCCCUUGCAAGCGUGCCCCGCACACGGAAGCGUGAUUUUGUUCGGAAAGCAUCGAUCCAAGUGCUCUCGGGCGCGACACAGCUUGCGCUCACUGUGGUCCGCGGUGUCUUUCGCGACCGGUUCCGAGCAAUUGAGGCCCAAGCCUCGUCGUCGCUCGAUCUCGUGUCGCGCCCCAACAAGAAGAAUCCAAAUAAGAGCGAUGCGUUCGACGCCAUUCGAGCCAACGACCCGACGUCGUCCUUCUCGCGGAUCAAGGGCCGCAUGGCGCAGACGCUCGAAGAUGUCAUGGACAGCUCCAACAAGUACCGCGAGUUCUUUGUGUCGCGCAUCACGGAUCCGACCUCGUACUUUUACAAGUACCGCUUCGAUACGGAGCGCGAGCGCUGCCCAAAGCGACUUGCGGUCGCCCUCGUCCUUGUCUCGUGGCUGAAACCCCACGAGCAAAUCGUGAGUGAAGCCCGCGUCGAUGGUCUCCGCCGCGCGACGGUCAAGUGGGACGCGUACCUUGAACCGCUCCUCGUGGACCGCAAGACGGGCGCGAUUCUGGAUGGCCACCAUCGGUACACGGUCGGCGUCCAGCUCGGCCUCAUCACUGUGCCUGCGGUCCUUGUCGACUACCUCGAGGACGAGUCGAUCACGGUCGAUGUGUGGCCCGACUGUGGCCGCGAUACGCUCACAAAAGCCGACGUCAUCGCCAUGGCGCUCUCCGACUCGGUCUUCCCGCCAAAGACGUCCCGCCAUGCGUUCUCGGACGACCUGCCGCCGAUCAAGAUCCCGCUCGAGCGCAUGCGCCAGCCCUACUUUGACCCGGUCGCCACUGUCUAA